AUGGCUGUGGGAAUGUUUAAAUUAACACAAAAACAAAGGAAACACUUAUAUGUUAUAUUUAUAACAUUAAACAUAAUCCAAAUAUUGCUGGGCUUUGGAAUGACCAGCUCCUCGAUUUACAUUUUUGUUGCAGUUUCUCCUGUUCUCCAUACAGAAAAAGCCCAAAUUAAUUUUGCAUUUGUCGUAACUGGUAUUUAUGGUACUCACGUAAUUUUUCAUUGGUUAAUUGGAAUUAAAAUUGGUAACAAGUGUUUUCAGCAGGCUCACAAAAAAAGUACAAGUAACUUAUUGUUAUUAUGGAACUGUGCAGGUACAAAUACAGUAGUUAUUUUGAUAGUAAUAUCUCAUUUUGCGAGAAAAAGUAGUAAACAGAUAAUUAAAUCCAUGAGAAACUCCAUAGGCACUGGAAUAAUUCAUUAUUUAACCGAUCAAUCUUGGAAAGAAAUAAUUGAUAAACUUCAGUAUAGUAAUGAAUGUUGUGGAAUAGAUUCUUAUGAAAACUGGCACGAAACAACUUGGUUAACCAAAUAUCAUGUCGAUGUAGAUUCGGAAUCUGUUAAAAAUUUUAGGAGCAGUCAAGAUAAUUUACAUCUACCUGUAACCCCUUGGAGCUGUUGCCGAAUUAAUUUUCCCAUGCAGUGUCUGCAUGACCCUUUACAACAACCACAAUAUGCUCACCUAUGGGUUGAUGAGCCUGAUGUAGUAAAAGAUUCUAUUAAUACAAAAGGUUGUGUGGAAGGCAUAAAAAAACCCAUUUUAGUUGUUAUUAAUCUCUUCGUGGUUUUUACAACAUUUGUAUUUAUAUUGCAUAUACUAAUCGUUAUUAUUUCAAGAAUUUUAUACACUGCCUCUAGAAAUGCAAUAUUACUCCAAGACCCUGAAGGAACGGCUCCUGGGUGGUUAUUUGGUAGGGGAGACUGUGGUUAUGCAAGAGGAAAAACAUUGACAGAAAUUAUGGGUUUAUCUCCUAGACCUUCAGGACUUGUGCUAAAUAAAGGGAAUGAGAAAAAAUUUGGAGGAAUGAACUUUGGAAAAAUGAUACCUAAACGGUUCAAGAGAAAUAAAAACAAGACAGGAUCUGAUGCUGACCAAAAUGAGGAGUCGGAGAUAUUAUUAAGGGAUGAUACACCAAUUGAUUCAAUAGAUGAAUUUAAUCUAUUAUUUCAUAGUAAAAAACUAAAUGAUACAAUGUUAGACCAAAAUACUAGUCAAAGGACAACUGAUGACCAAGAUGAUGACGAACCAUUUUCAAUGGAAACAGAGAUGAAAAAAAUGGAAGUUUAAAUAUAAAUUAUACAUAUUUUUUUAUUUUUAAGGUCAAAUAUACACAUAAACUUUU